CCGCCCUCGCGAGGCCGAGGCGUGAGCGACGAGGCCCGGGCGGGAACCGGGAGCACUAACGGCAUGGAGACGCUGCUGCUGGGCGCCGGGCUGCUGCUGGGCGCCUACGUUCUUGUCUACUACAACCUGGUGAAGGCCCCACCGUGCGGCGGCAUCGGCAGCCUGCGGGGUCGCACGGCCGUGGUCACUGGCGCCAAUAGCGGUAUCGGGAAGAUGACAGCGCUGGAGCUGGCGCGCCGGGGAGCGCGGGUGGUGCUGGCCUGCCGUAGCCGGGAGCGCGGGGAGGCGGCCGCCUUCGACCUCCGCCAGGAAAGUGGAAACAAUGAGGUCAUCUUCAUGGCCUUGGAUUUGGCCAGUCUGGCCUCCGUGCAGGCCUUUGCCACGGCCUUCUUAAGCUCUGAGCCAAGACUGGACAUCCUCAUCCAUAAUGCAGGGAUAAGUUCCUGUGGCCGGACUCGGGAACCCUUUAACCUGCUGUUGCGAGUGAACCAUGUUGGCCCUUUUCUGCUGACACACUUGUUGCUACCCCGCCUGAGGUCAUGUGCCCCCAGCCGUGUAGUAAUUGUGUCAUCAGCUGCCCACCGACGUGGUCGUCUUGACUUCACACGUCUGGACUGCCCAGUGGUGGGCUGGCAACAGGAGCUUCGGGCAUAUGCUGACAGCAAACUAGCCAAUGUGCUGUUUGCCCGGGAGCUUGCCGCCCAGCUUGAGGGCACUGGUGUUACCUGCUAUGCAGCCCACCCAGGACCUGUGAACUCAGAGCUCUUCCUGCGUCACCUUCCUGGAUGGCUGUGUCCUAUUUUGCGCCCACUGGCUUGGCUGGUGCUCCGGGCACCUCAAGGAGGUGCCCAGACACCUCUGUACUGCGCUCUGCAGGAGGGCAUUGAGCCCCUCAGCGGGAGAUAUUUUGCCAACUGCCAUGUAGAGGAGGUCUCUCCAGCUGCUAGAGAUGACCAGGCUGCUCAUAGGCUAUGGAAAGCUACCAAGAAGCUGGCAGGGCUUGGGCCUGGAGAAGAUGAUGACCCUGAUGAAGAGCCGGAACCUCUGGAUCCCAGGGACCCAUCUUCUCUGAGUGCCCUCAGCCCUGAGAAAACCACAGUUUCUGGACCUUCUGGUAGCUAUCGGGGCUCACAAGACUUAUCCAAAUUGACACAACGAAGAAUUCAGGUGAAGGAUGAACCUACGCCCUAAGUUUCCUAACCCCUGGGAUAGAAUGCUUUUGUAGCACAGUGGGAUCCCUCAAAGUCUCAGUUGUGUGCCUGGGUACUGAGGGGUUGCCACAUUUACCUCGGAACCUCUUGUCAUGUCCUAAACAGCCCUUUUCCUUGUGAAAGGAAAUGAAGUCUACUUCCUAAGACACACUGUAACCCCAGAUUCAGGGAUGAUAUUAUCAGACACUGUGUUGCUCUGGAAUUUGAUUUUCAGAUUUCUGGGCCCUUCCUUGCGUAGUGAUCUGCCCCGGGGAAGGGCUGCGGACAUUGUGGUUGAUGCACUGCAGAUGUUAAACAUUACUGACUGAAUCCAGCCCUUUCCAACUUUCUAGCUAGGUAGUUAAAUUUACCCCCAUUUUUAUGGAGGCAGAAUUAGGAAAGGACUCAGGACACGGACUGGGGUUUUGAGCCCCGGGGUCUGCUGUAGGGCGAGUGCCCAAGGUGACGCAGAGCAAGGUUAUACUACUGAGGUUCCCCAAAGGUGCUAAGGGGCCAAGCCCCCUGGAAUAAAGCGAGCUGACUGCGGA